CGCCCAGCUGAAUACUUAAGUUACAGAGCGAUAUAUUAAAAGGCGAAUAUUAUAUUUAAUAACAUAUACUGUAAUUAAAAUAAAUUUAUAACAAUGAGCUCAUCAGCUAUUGGAAUUGAUUUGGGAACAACAUACUCGUGCGUCGGAGUAUUCCAGCACGGGAAAGUGGAAAUUAUUGCCAACGACCAGGGCAACAGGACGACACCCAGCUAUGUGGCUUUCACAGACUCUGAGAGGCUGAUUGGAGACGCAGCAAAGAAUCAAACUGCAAUGAACCCGACAAAUACAGUCUUCGAUGCAAAACGGUUGAUAGGUCGGAAGUUCGAGGAUCAGAGCGUUCAGAAUGAUAUGAAGCAUUGGCCGUUCAAGGUCGUCAAUGAGGGAGGCAAACCCAAAGUCCUAGCCGAAUACAAGGGAGAGAGGAAAACAUUCGCCCCAGAAGAGAUCAGCUCUAUGGUGCUGACAAAAAUGAGGGAAACUGCCGAGGCGUACCUCGGCAAGAAGAUUAAGGACGCGGUUGUUACUGUCCCGGCAUACUUUAACGACGCCCAGCGGCUUGCCACAAAAGAUGCAGGGGCUAUAGCUGGACUAAAUGUUAUGAGAAUCAUUAAUGAGCCAACGGCUGCGGCCUUAGCUUAUGGGCUUGAUAAAAACUUGAAUGGUGAAAAGAAUGUUCUGAUCUUCGAUCUUGGCGGGGGCACAUUCGAUGUGUCCAUUCUAACGAUCGACGAAGGAUCAAUUUUCGAAGUACGAUCCACAGCGGGGGAUACACAUCUGGGUGGUGAAGAUUUCGACAACAGAAUGGUUAAUCACUUCGUAGAGGAGUUCAAACGUAAAAACAAAAAAGACAUAAGUAAGAAUCCUCGAAGUUUGCGAAGACUAAGAACCGCGUGUGAGAGAGCUAAGAGAACAUUAUCAAGCAGUGCCGAGGCUAACAUCGAAAUUGACUCUCUGUUUGAAGGUAUUGACUUUUACACCAAAAUUACGAGAGCAAGAUUCGAGGAAUUGUGUGCCGACUUGUUCAGGGCUACGAUGGAACCUGUAGAAAAAGCGUUACGUGACGCUAAAAUGGACAAAUCUAAGAUACAUGAAGUUGUUCUCGUUGGUGGGUCAACAAGAAUUCCAAAGAUUCAAAAACUGUUGCAAGACUUCAUGAAUGGCAAGGAAUUGAACAAAUCAAUCAACCCCGACGAAGCUGUGGCAUACGGCGCUGCCGUUCAGGCAGCCAUCUUGUCCGGAGAUACUUCAGAGGCCAUCAAGGAUGUUCUUCUAGUCGACGUCGCUCCUCUUUCACUUGGCAUCGAAACAGCUGGUGGCGUUAUGACAAAAAUAAUUGAGAGAAAUACUAAAAUUCCGACAAAGGCGUCACAGACCUUCACAACAUAUUCGGACAACCAACCAGCGGUCAGUAUACAGGUAUUUGAGGGUGAAAGAGCAAUGACAAAGGACAACAACUUGCUUGGGCGCUUUGAUCUCACUGGAAUUCCACCUGCACCACGUGGGGUACCACAGAUUGAGGUCACAUUCGACAUUAACGCCGACAGUACACUGAACGUUUCAGCACAAGACAAGAGUAACAAUAAAAUGGACAAGAUUACGAUAAAAAACGAAAGAGGUCGUCUAUCUAAAGAGGACAUAGACAGAAUGGUCAAUGAAGCAGAAAAAUAUCGCGAGGAAGAUGAGAAACAAAGACAGAGGGUAGACGCGAGAAAUAAACUUGAAGCUUACGUGUUCAGUGUGAAGCAGGCGGCAUCAGAAGCUCCAGACGACAAAUUGUCGUCUGCAGAUAAAGAUACUGUAAAUAGCACGUGCGAGGAAUGUGUUAAGUGGUUAGACUCCAACACAACAGCUGAGAAAGAGGAGAUUGAGUACAAACUAGAAGAAACUCAGAAGAAACUGUCACCAAUUAUGGUUAAACUUCAUGGAGGACGAAACCAAGGCCAAGGACAACAAUUUGGAGGCUCGCAGAACGCAGCAGGUGGCCGAGGAGGACCUACGGUCGAAGAGGUCGACUAAGAAGACUUAUAACAUGUAUAUGGCAAAAAAUAAUGAACAUAAUUUCUUGACAUUAAUUUAUUAAAAAAUUUUGUAAGGACACAUACAAAAAGAAGGAUUUGUUUAAUUGAUACGUGUGAAUAUGUAGAAAGUAUAAUAGCGUUUACAAUUUUACUACUGUUUAAUUUCGCUUCAUGUGCUAAAUGUUGUAACAUUACACUUUGUUUCAGCGGUUAAUACUUUCUAAAUUGUAUGUAAUACACUGUUGUAAUGUUACAUUGUUUCAGCUGUAAAUUCUUUAUACAUUGUAUGUAAUACA